ACCACCUGCCGUUACUGAACGUGCAAACACCAUGUCCAUCGAUCUCCCCAUCAACCGUAUCAAGGGUUUGACGUAACCACGUAAAAACGCAUCCCCAGGGGGGUCGUGGGGCCCUCGGUAGUUGCUGCACGCUGCAAAGCCUCCCCCUGUAUAUAUAGACCGCCGCCGCACAGGAGGAGGAAGGAGAGGAGUCGGAAAGGAGAUACAGUUCUCAGAUAGUUUCUGCUACCUUUGCUGCCGCGCGCUGCAGAAGAUCGGCGAGAUGGAUGCUGUGUUGGUUACCGCCGCCAUCUUCGGGUUGCUGCUCUGCGGCUGCUCGGUUUCAGGAGUGGAAGGUAUCGGUGUGAACUAUGGCAUGAUCGGCAACAACCUCCCGUCGCCGGACAAGGUCAUCGCCCUGUACAGAGCCAGCAACAUCACCGACAUCCGCCUCUUCCACCCGGACACCACCGUGCUCGCCGCGCUCCGCGGCUCGGGCCUCGGCGUCGUGCUCGGCACGCUCAACGAGGACCUGGCACGCCUCGCCACCGACGCCUCGUUCGCGGCGUCGUGGGUCCAGUCGUACGUGCAGCCCUUCGCCGGCGCCGUCCGCUUCCGCUACAUCAACGCCGGCAACGAGGUCAUCCCUGGGGACGAGGCGGCGAGCGUCCUCCCGGCCAUGAGGAACCUCCAGUCGGCGCUGCGCGCCGCGGGGCUCGGCGUGCCGGUCACGACGGUCGUCGCGACGUCGGUGCUGGGCUCCUCGUACCCGCCGUCGCAGGGCGCGUUCUCCGAGGCCGCGCUGCCGACGGUGGCGCCGAUCGUCUCCUUCCUGGCGUCGAGCGGGACGCCCCUGCUGGUGAACGUGUACCCGUACUUCGCCUACUCCGCCGACCCGUCGUCGGUGCGGCUCGACUACGCGCUGCUGUCGCCGUCGACGUCGGCGGCCGUGACGGACGGCGGUGUCACGUACACCAACAUGUUCGACGCCAUCCUGGACGCGGUGUACGCGGCGCUGGAGAAGGCGGGCGGGCAGGGCCUGGAGGUGGUGGUGUCGGAGACCGGGUGGCCGUCGGGCGGCGGCGGGGCCGGCGCCAGCGUGGAGAACGCGGCGGCGUACAGCAACAACCUGGUGCGCCACGUCGGGCGCGGCACGCCGCGGCGGCCCGGGAAGGCCGUGGAGACGUACAUCUUCGCCAUGUUCAACGAGAACCAGAAGCCCGAGGGCGUGGAGCAGAACUUCGGCCUGUUCCACCCGGACAUGAGCGCGGUCUACCACGUCGACUUCUCGGCGUGAUCAUCUUAAUCAGGCAGCGACGGCGGGGGCGACGCUCCAUGGAUUUGGACUCAUCGUGUGCAUGAGUUACUUAAGUACCAAUUUUAGGAAGUUAGUAGUAUGAUUACAAUAUUGGACAAAGAUAUUUGACAUCGAUAUGUAUAUGAUUCCGCUGCAUUUCUGAUUAAUUACCAGCAUUCACCUGUUUCUCUGAUUCA